AAAGGCAUGACCGACAUUCCUUCAUGCAUUAUCUCCUCUUCAUUCACUGAUUACAGGAGUUAUAUGGCGCAUGAAAGGUCGUAAACAUAACUUGUUUUUGUGACAGCACAACCACAGCAUGUGAAGCAAAUCCAACGGGUGGACGACUUUUAAAGGGGGUUACACAACGUUAGUCUCAAAACUUUUACUCGCUUUACGUUAUGUUUUAAAAGCUGGUAUAACUAUACCCUUGAAAUUGGGCAAAGAAUGAAGAACGUCAUUUUAUAAAACUUAAGGCAAACAACGCAGCUAGUCAAACUACUACAGGAGGUGCGUGAGAAUGCCAAAAUAAAGCAGGAAUAUUUCCAUUUAUUUUCAAUAUAAAAGUACCCUGAUCGAGUAAAUACAAAGCAGACAGAGUAGAAAUUUGGGAUGACUUAUUGUAAAAGCUCCGACAAGAAAUCUGAAGCUUAAUGCAUGUCAUUUUUUGCACGGAUAUUAUUUUCACUUGUUGACAUUGGUCAGUUUGUCUGGAAGACAAGAAAGAGGCAGAUUGUAUCUAGUCCCCUUGUUGCUGGGGCACAUUUUAGCGGGAGGCGAAGUGAGCAUUUAUUCCAUUAAAGCAAACGGUGUUACUUUUUUAGCCACUGACUGGAAGACGGAUUUGUUAAUAAGACUUUAAACUGCUGCCAACUUUGGCUUUUGACGCCUGAUGUGCUAGCUGGUUAGCUGUUAGCUAGCUGGACCGCUAACCUCCAGACAGGUUGGAUUUUGGCACAUAAAGGAGAAGCUGGAGCUCCUGGAGGAAGCUUUGCCCUCUUGGCUGCCUCUUCUUCAAUCCACUGUGAGGGAGAUGGCUAAAAAUGCUGGCAGUAGCAGCAUGUUGUGUCCAUACUGUUGAAGGGGGAGUUCCUCUCCCUCCCACCCCCUUUCUCUCUCUCUCUCGCUCUCUCCCAGCUCAGCAUCUCCACUCUCACGAUCAGUAAAUCCACUGGUCUGAUGCUCCAUAGAGCCACCAUCCAGUCCAUCUGAGCCUCUUGUGGGGAGGAUUUCAGUCAUUGCUCCUGUGAGAGUUGGCUUGAAAAAUGCCAUCCAGAAUAGAGCAGCAGUGAUCUGGACCAGAGCCAAAGCAAGAAUGAACAUGUCUGAUGAGUCCUCUUACCAUGAGGAGGUGCUACUGAGUAACUCCACCUGGGGUUACUUCUACAGUUACCAAAACUACACCGUGUCCCCUCCUUUGCUACCAGACAUGACAAGCACCUCCAAACCGGCAGCAUGUGAGCAGGUCCACAUCGCUGUAGAGGUCUUUCUGAUCCUGGGUAUCAUAUCCCUGCUGGAGAACAUCCUGGUCAUCACAGCCAUCAUCAAAAACAAGAACCUCCACUCACCCAUGUACUUCUUCGUCUGCAGUCUGGCAGUCGCAGACAUGUUGGUGAGUGUGUCCAACGCCUGGGAGACCAUCAUUAUUUACCUUCUGAACAACAGACAGCUAGUGGUGGAGGACCACUUCAUCCGGCAAAUGGACAACGUGUUUGACUCCAUGAUCUGCAUCUCUGUCGUUGCAUCAAUGUGCAGCCUACUGGCCAUUGCUGUGGACAGGUACGUCACUAUCUUCUAUGCACUGAGGUACCACAACAUUAUGACAGUGAGGAGAGCUGGCUGCAUUAUCGCAGGAAUCUGGACCUUCUGCACAGGCUGCGGUAUUGUCUUCAUCAUCUACUCAGACACCACCCCCGUGAUCAUCUGUCUGGUCUCCAUGUUCUUCGCCAUGCUACUCAUCAUGGCUUCCCUCUACAGCCACAUGUUCAUGCUGGCCCGUUCGCAUGUCAAGCGCAUUGCCGCCCUGCCUGGCUACAACUCCAUCCACCAGCGGGCCAGCAUGAAGGGGGCCAUCACACUGACCAUCCUGCUGGGGAUCUUCAUUGUCUGCUGGGCUCCAUUCUUCCUGCACCUGAUCCUGAUGAUCUCCUGUCCACGGAACCUCUACUGCGUAUGCUUCAUGUCCCACUUCAACAUGUACCUCAUCCUCAUCAUGUGCAACUCUGUGAUUGACCCGCUCAUCUAUGCCUUCAGGAGUCAGGAGAUGAGGAAGACUUUUAAGGAGAUCAUUUGUUGCUACAGCCUGAGAAACAUCUGCACCAACAUCUGCACUCUGACUGGUCCUGUACAGAACUGCUGUCCCUCCAACUAAAAUGUCGCCACAGCUGUCUGCGAUAGCAAAAAUGGGAGAAAAGGUAUUCGGAGUGAGUUGUCUGAUGUUUAAGAGCUCUUCUCUGGUAAAGGUAAUCCGGGACAGGUUGCAGACGGCUGAGAAAAUGAAGAAAGGCAGUGGCAACAAACACAUGAGAGAGUGCAGCCUAUCUUGAUCAUCAACUUAGAAGCAGCAGCAGAUUAGAAAUUUGACCUUUGAAUCAACCACGGCCAUUUGUAACAGGUUUGUAAACCAAAGACAAAUUACGUCCUUCUGCCAGUAAUGACAGUGUUUUCACAUCAUUUUGGAAGGCAAAACAAACCUCUUUGGUUAUUUGACUGUGAGAACUUACAUCUAAUCCAGAUACAAGUCUUCAAAGUUCACUCAAGGUUAACUGUUGAGCAGAUCAUUUUCUCCUGAUGUAUCUAAUAGACUGAUUGUCCCUUUUGCAGAUUAUUAAUUUGGCUGCUGCUGAAUGGUUGGACAGAUUUAUCUGUCAACAGUCCAUUUUCUGUUGCUGCUGCUCUGUGCCCUGGCUCCCUCCUGUUGCUGCAUUACAGAUAACAAUCAACUUCCUUAAAGUGACAGUAUGUACUGUAAGAUUUGUCAAAUAUUUUUUGGAGAAAUCUAAAACUUAUCUUAAUGUGGAAAUGUGCUGUCGAAGCCUCCUGUGACCAGACUCACUGGACAGCACUGGCAGCAGUGCAGAGGUAUUAGCUUCUAAAG